AUGACAUCUUCUCUACGUGCGCCUCUUGAGGCUCUGAAGAUACCAGGCAAGAUAAAUACGACGGGAGAUGAUGGUGGUGGUGGUGGCGGCAAAGGCGGCAGCGACGAUGGAUCAACCUCUUUGCAACGUGCGCGUUUA